CAAAAAAACAACCCCGCGAACAUUGUGGCUUGACUGACUGACGGAUCUUCAGUGGCUCGGCAGAACUGUACGUCACUCUCCCGUGCUCAGUGGAUUUAGGCCCAAAUGGAACUGCGGGUAAACCUUCAGCAGCUCGUCUAUCCCAACCUCACCUCACUCCUUCAUUCCUAUAGCAAUCCAAUACCUAUAAGUCUUCGCCAUGUCCAAAUACAAGGAUAUUAUGAAAAAUGGGUGGCAUCCUGAAAAGCCCGGCAGCAGCUUGAAAGGUCAAGUUAAAGGACUCGUUGGGAGAGGAAAGUCUGAAGAUGAGGACCGAGGUAGUCACGUUUCUGUUCCACUGUCCCAACUAAAGGACCCUUCAAGCUUUGCACCACCUCCCAAACGUACCGGUUCCGGUCUUCUUCCUCCACCUCCAAAGGCAGAGUCGGCACCUAGAAAGGUUAUCACCGCUCCUUCGAAAUACCAGGAUCCGAGAGCACCGGCCCCUCAAGAACCCGUAUAUGCCGAACCCGAGGAGGAAUACGAAGAGCAACCCCAACCUCGCGGUCCUUAUCGUACAAAUACUACAGGGCUUUCAACAGAUAACCUACCGAAACCGCCCGGUCGCAGAGAUGGUGCUGACGGACGUUCGGGGCAGCCGCCUUCAUAUCAAUCGGCUAUGGCGGGUGUAGGAGGAGGAGGAAGAGCUGCACCUCCGAGCUUACCACCACGACUUCCCCCAAGGACCAAUUCUGGAAGCACAGUUGCGAGCUCUCCUGCUGCUAGUCCUGCGCCUACAGGCAACGGUCUAUUGAAUCAAGGAGCAGUCAAUCGUCUUGGUGCAGCAGGGAUAUCAGUUCCUGGCUUUGGUAUUGGUCGUUCCAGCCCGGCAGCCGAAGCAUCACCUAGUCCAACUCAACCUCCACGACCUAGUAUCGCUUCACCACCUCCAGCACCUGCAGCGUCACACAUGAGCGAACUGCAGAACCGAUUCUCGAAGCUUGGAACAUCGUCUAGCGCUAACGCAGCAGUACCUCCGCCACCUAGCGAAGGUACCACAUGGGCUCAGAAGCAAGCCGCCCUCAAGACUGCCUCGUCAUUCCAAAAGGAUCCUUCUUCGGUCUCUCUCUCCGAUGCCCGAGCUGCUGCCAGUACAGCUAACAACUUCCGCCAACGUCAUGGCGAACAAGUUGCUGCUGGAGCCAAAACAGCAAAUAACCUGAAUCAAAAGUAUGGACUUCUUGACAAGGCGCAGAAUUCAUAUUCUAGGUUCCAAGGCAACCAAACACAAACUCAAAACGAAGAUACUCCCUCUGCACUGGGAUCGCCCGGAUUGGCCAGCGUUGUUGGAAAGAAGAAGCCACCUCCACCUCCGCCAAAGAAGAAGCCAGCUCUUAUGGGUGCUUCAGCUGCUCCCUCCAACGAUGAACCACCUCCCAUUCCUAUGGCAACUAGGCCACAAUUCUAAGUUACGAGAAUCCGUAUUAGACGCACAGCAUUGCCAGGCGCGCUUCUUGGGGAGUUUUUUUCUUGCUUUCUUUGCACGGAGAAUCGCUUUCAUCACUGCACAAAAGGGUCAAAAAUACAAAUUGGUUGGAACUCAUGGCUUCUUUCUUUUUUGUUCAUCUCAU